CACCCACUCCUACAGCAGGCUAUAUAUACUUUCCCAACAUCACUUCCCAUUUCCUCAAAACUUGGAAAACGCCGUUGCGGCGCGUUUUCUUCUCCAAUCCCUCGCCGGAACCAAACCACUCUCACAUCAACUAUAAUGGGUGUCAAAGCAUUUCUUGAAGGUGGCAUUGCUUCCAUCGUCGCCGGAAGCACCACUCACCCACUCGACCUAAUCAAAGUCCGAAUGCAGCUUCAAGGCGAGAAGAAUCUCCCUCUUCGCCCCGCUUAUGCUUUUCAUCACUCUUCACAUUCUCCGCCAAUCUUUCACCCUAAACCCUCUGUUUCAGGACCCAUCUCCGUCGGAAUCCGCAUUGUUCAAUCUGAAGGUAUCACCGCUCUUUUCUCCGGCGUAUCCGCCACCGUCCUCCGUCAAACACUCUAUUCCACCACACGUAUGGGUCUCUACGAUGUUCUCAAACAAAACUGGACCGAUCCAGAAAUCGGAACAAUGCCGGUAACGAAAAAGAUUACAGCAGGUUUAAUCGCCGGUGGAAUCGGCGCCGCCGUGGGGAAUCCUGCUGACGUGGCGAUGGUUCGUAUGCAAGCUGACGGCAGACUUCCGGUGAAUCAGCGACGGGAUUACAAAGGCGUGUUUGAUGCGAUUCGGAGAAUGGCGAAUCAAGAAGGGAUUGGUUCUCUGUGGCGAGGUUCAGCGCUUACGGUGAACCGCGCGAUGAUCGUAACGGCUUCGCAAUUAGCUUCGUAUGAUACAUUCAAGGAGAUGAUUUUGGAGAAAGGAUGGAUGAAAGAUGGGUUUGGGACCCACGUGGUAGCGAGUUUUGCGGCGGGUUUUUUGGCGGCGGUUGCGUCGAAUCCAAUUGAUGUGAUAAAGACUAGGGUUAUGAGUAUGAAGGUGGGAUCUGGUGGGGAGGGUGCACCGUAUAAAGGUGCACUUGAUUGUGCUGUUAAGACUGUACGUGCUGAAGGGGUUAUGGCUCUUUAUAAGGGUUUUAUUCCUACAAUUUCAAGACAGGGUCCUUUUACUGUUGUUCUUUUUGUCACGCUUGAACAACUUAGGAAGCUGCUUAAGGAUUUUUGAUGAAUCUUUUAUUCAUUAUUAAUUUUCUAAGAUGAUUAACUGAUGAAUAAGUUCUAUUUUAUGUAGGGAUUAGUAUAAGUUAGGAUAUUUUGAUGUUCACAAUAUUUUACACUGAUUAUAAUUUAUACUAUUCUCAAACUUUUGA